UGCAGUAGGAGCCGAUGCACCACUGCAUAAAGAGGCGAUGCACCACCCAUUCAAUUCAAACAAGUCCAGACACAAACCCAGCGUCUGCGGGACAAGCAGGGGCUGUUCACCCCGCUCAGGCAGCCGGGGUCGCGGACGGCCGUCAAGCCGGACACCGCCGAGGACCAGACUGUCGGAGUUGGACUUAGGAAGACGAACAAGGCCGGGUGGGGGAGAGUCAGUCUCCGGUUCAAAACUCGCUCCGUCGGAUUCCUCACACAAGCAUCGCCGGGCCGCGGAUGUUCUCGCAGCAGCAGGUUUUGGGACAAUCAUGACUCUGCAGGAUGAUCUGACGACGGCUGCAGCGAAGGGGAACGCGGCCGAGGUGGAGAGGUGUCUGUCGGCCGGAGCCGAAGUUAACGGACGGAACCGCUUUGGACGGACCGCUGUCCAGGUGAUGAUGAUGGGGAGCACGGCGGUGGCCCAGGUGCUGCUGCGGCACGGAGCGGACCCGAACGUGGCGGACAGCAGCACAGGCGCGACCCCGCUGCACGACGCGGCGCGCACCGGCUUCCUGGACACGGUGCAACUGCUGGUUGAGGCCGGAGCGGACCCGCAGGCCGAGGACAGGGAGGGCCGCUCGCCGGGAGAUGUGGCCCGGCAGAACGGCCACGCGGACGUGGCUGCUUUCCUUUCUCCAGGACUGUUGAACAGGCCGGAAGCGGCCCAUAAACUAAAUUAAGUGAUGCCUUUGUCUGCUCUCAGAUUAUAUUUAUAUUUAUUUGCAAUAUAUAUUAUCUUUAAAUGGACUACUUGCUUUUUAUUUUAAUAUAAUUAUUACAGAUCAAGACUGUUUAGUCUUAUUUUUAUUCUUUUUAUGCAGCGUCAGAGACUGUCUUGGUUUAGGAAGAAAAAAAUCAUGUACAGCUGUUAUUAGUUUUAAAUUAUUUCAUUAAAAAUAACUAUGGUCCUGUAUUUAAGUAGACAAAAUGUCUAACAAUAAAUUUUAAAUUGAAAGGAAA